ACAAUUUGAUCGAAAAAGUCAAAUUGUUGUAAUAUCUUUGGGAGGGAAGGAGUAUGAUUUAGUCCUUUUACCAUGGAAAAGAAAAUUUUUUUUGUUUGCAUGUAAUCUUCUAAAGUUGUGGAAUUUUGCACGUUGUUCGAAGAGAGAAGGGAGUAAAGGAGUCAUCUUUGGUCUGAACUAGAUGGGCUUCUUCAGCCCGAGACCAGACAGAAUUUAUGGAAGAAAAAUUGGGCCAUAUGCACAAAAAAAAAAAAAAAAGAGUUCCUUGCCUGCCUACCAUCAAUAACCCACCAGCAGCUAAUGGAGCAAAGGAUAAACAUGAUGAAUAAGAAGGAAAAUUAUUGAGGUAAAAGAAAGACAAAUUUAUAUCACAAUAAAUAAUGAUAAGAUGGUAAAUAAUCAUAUCAUCCCUACCACAUGUGAAAUACCAUACGGAGAGUAAUUAUACGACUAAUAAGUUCCAAAUCUAACUACUGUAAAUAUGAAUCAUAAAAAUUCUUGAAAACAAAAAUAAAAUAAAUACAAAAAAAUGCAGUAAAAUCAGAAAACUCAACACAUCAAUGCGGCGGCAGCGAAAAGAGCGGAGCCGACAGAUCCGAUGAGGGCAACUCUGUUCACGGCGGAGGCGCUGGUAGCAGAAUCAGGGGCGCCAAUGGGAGCUCCAACCGGAGACUGCGAGCUGGAGACAGGGGAGGUUGCCGGUGCAGUGGGAGCCGGCGGGGAGGUCAUUGGCGAUUCAGAAGCAGGCAGCGGAGGGCUAGAUGUCGGAGGCACAACUGGCGAACCUGAAGAAGCAGUGGGGGACGAAGCCGGCGGCAAGACUGGGAGAGUGGGAGCCGCAACAGGUGAGAUAGUAGAGGCGGCGGGGGUCGAAGCCGGAGGCAAGACCGCGAGAGUCGGAGCCGCAACAGGCGAAUUGGUGGCGACGGGGGUUGAAGCGGACGGGGAGACCGUCGGAGCCGCAACAGGCGAACUGGUGGCGACGGGGGUGGAAGCGGACGGCGACACCGCGAGAGAGGGACCGGGAGCCGAAACAACAGGGGAGGCCGCGGGGGUUGUUGGAGCCGAAACAGGUGAAUUUGUGGGGGCCGCGGGGGUAAGAGCCGCCGGAGAAGCUAAUGGUGAGGCUGAAGGGGCGAGAGUUGGAGCCGGGACCACAGCUGCCGGGACUCCGACGGACACCGGAGCGGCUAAAGGAGACUGAGCCAUGAUGGAUCUAAGGAGCAAGGAGAAGAGGAGAGCCGAAAUCAUUGUAAACUGAGCCAUAUCUAUCCCAGCAAACAAAUAUACAGAUUCAAAUUGAAUGAAAAUCGAAACUGGAUCUGGGGUUUUGGAGCGGUGAGAAGGGGGAGAAGGAGGCGUGAGUUUAUUAUAUAGG